AUGGAACUGCAGCUGGGUACAUUAUUCGUGAGAGUAAUGACCAGGGCGCUUCGAGAAAAAGAGGUCGGCCACGUCAGCUAUUUCUUUUACCAGCCAUUCUUUUUCGAGUUUCCCAAGCAGCUGGGAAAGUACUCGGCGGGUACUAUACUUCUCGUUGGGAAUUUGUUCAAUCAAAAGGAAAGUAGAUUCUUUUCAUGGCGAUCGAGCGAUCAUGGGAAAACAUGGAAUAUUGUUGGGGGAUGGCAGCCCGGUGGCGGUGCCACGAGUGGUAUCUGGGAGCCAUUCCUCUUUUUGGAUAGUAAGGACAGACUUGUUGCAGUAUUCUCAGACCAGCGAGAUUGGAAACACCAUGCCCAAAAAUUGGUCCAUGUUUUCUCUGAAAAUGGUGGCGAUACAUGGUCGGCUCCAGUGAAUAAUGAUGUUGUUAGCACUGAACAGAUAUGGCGACCUGGAAUGGCCACUGUUGCUCGAAUGGAUAAUGGAGAGUAUCUGAUGAGCUAUGAAUGGUGUAAAGAUGAUGGACAUGGAGGUACUGACAACAGUGUACAAUGCCCCGUUCAUGUGAAGACAUCCCCUGACGGUGUUACAUGGGAUAAACAUUAUCCAGGAACGGUCAUAUCCACCCCAGAUGGAAUCCAGCCAUGCGGAAGUCCAUAUACCAUUUGGGACGCUUCACAAAAGGCAUUGAUUGUUUCUGCUAGGUCCUGGCGAUGGCAUACGGAAUUAUCAAGAUUAACACCGGAGAACGAAGGAAUCGUUCUUAUAAAUACACAGUAUGGAAAGGGUGACUGGGCGUGGGCAACAUCGCCAUGGCAUCCACCUCCCAGUAGCGAUAUUUGUGGCGCGAACUACAGCCCCAACCUGCUUGUGUUACCAGACAACAACAUUCUAUAUACCACCGAAGCGACUUUACCUGAGACUCCAGGCAUACCAAACGAUAAACUGCCUUGCGAGCUACGAACUGGGUCAGUGACCAUUGGACAAUUGCCAUAUUCCUCCAACUUUUCAACCAAGGGCCAAGCAGGCUGGAUUGAUUUCAAUGGCACUUGGUCCAUUUCUGGUGACCAGUACGAGUUUGCACCAGUCACAGAACCAGCCACAAUUGCCAUUACAGGAUCAUCUGGAUGGACGGACUAUAAGAUGAGUGCAGACGUUAUCAUCACGAGCGAUUCGGGGGUGGUUGGCCUGGUUGCGCGGACAUCUGCUUCACUCUCUGCUCCAAACUUUCUGACAAGAUAUACGGCUGCCAUUGAUAGUAAUAGCGGUAAGCUUACUGUCUACCGGGUAACUGAUACAUCGACUGCUUUGAAAUCAGCUUCCCAUUCCGGGGGAAUCAAAGUCAAGAAGCUAUAUCAUAUGUCUUUCUCUGUUCAAUCGAAUAAGCUCACUGCCGUGCUCAGCGAGGACGGAGGGGCAAGUACUAAUCUUUCUGUUACUGAUGAUGGGUUGAAGAGUGGAUUGGCUGGUCUGUAUGGCCAUUAUGGAAGUGGUGGUUUCAAGAAUGUUGAAAUCAACAGCUUGACUUGA